ACUGCUGCAUUUUCAAUCAAUUGAUCACUACCAAAUUCAGGGUAUUUUCGGCAAUUGGUGAGACAGUACGACCCUUUUAGGCGAGAACUUCUUACUUACAGAUGUUCCCAUGGACGAAAGAGAAAUUGUGGCAGCGCAUCAGUUGUACAUGAAAGAUGUGUAACAGCUUCAGCGCCAGUUGUUGAGUGUACCCUCAGAAUACGAACCGACCUGCCAGGACUUCCAGACAAUAACAACGUUAGCACUUUAGGGCUUGGGAUGAUCCCAGUUUCAUCCUCUCAGGUUACUACUCUGUGAUCAAGCUCGCUACCUGAUUAUCGCUGUCGCGCGUCGCAGCGCUAAGCAGGCGCCAUGGCGGACCUUGCCGACGUCCUGAACGACUUCCACCCGUCAGCGGGCAGGGUUGAAACGCUUGAGCCGGUUGCACAAGCACACUUGCCGUUUGCAAGGGACCUGAGCACCGCCGACAGCUUACGGCUCGAGGAUUUACUAUCGGCAGGUUCCUUGACUCCAGCAGCUGUAGAUGCCACCUUUUUUUCUUUCCACGGAAUACCCAGCUUGUCCGAGGCGCAAGAAGCCGGGCUGCCGCAGAAGCAGACUACAGGAGCUCAUCCUUUUCAGCACAUUUCGCCCUUUGGUUCCCAGGUCUCGCAGGGACAAGGCUUUGGUCCAGUUCAGGCGACGCGGCAUGACUGGAAUCCACUCGAACAUAACAACCAGACCCAGAUGCAAACCCACCUUGGAGGUGAGCAAGCGCCACACCAGCAGCCAACGCAGCAGGCGCAGCCACAAUCCAACCAUCAGCAGCAGCAGCAGCAGUUGCUAACCCCACGUGCUCAGCCGCAGGCGUCGCAACAGCCGAAUCAGCAACGGCACCAGCCCCCGUCAACACCCACGCAGGCGGACACUACUGCCAGCAAUCAGACCCGGCUACACUUCUUCCCUCCACCGCCCAUACCUCAGGGAUGCCAGUCCCAGCAGCAUAUGCAGCAGCAGCAGUCGCCGACUCAGGGAAUGUUGCAAACGGAGCAGUCACAAACCACACGCCUGCACCCUCAGGAACAGCAGAUGAAUCCAACGUCGCUGCAAGCCACGCAGCAGCUACAGAUGCAGCAGCAACAACAACAACACCAGUUUCACUGUAACUCGCAAUACUUCUCCCAUCCACACCAGAACCAGCAACCGCAGCAGCCACAGCAUCCGCAGCACUUUAUGACAGCUGCGGGCGUUGCGAAUGGGUCCAUGGGCCAACGGACAACUGCCACCAACACAACUGCCUCUAACGAAUCCAACGGCAGCAACAGCAGCUCUGGUGACACACACGGGGCGCCAUCAACGAACAGAGACAGCAGCACUGCUGAGAGCGAUCCCGGUAGCGUGCAAGGCAGCGGCGGCACAACACCCGGCGGCGGCGGCGGCCUGCUAAUGACGAUGGCGAAUGCGGAUGCGACGGCGACGGCGACUCAUCAGUCCAGUGACGACGCCGUCGGCAUCAGCGACAUCGGCGGCGGCGGCGCGUCAAUGGCAAUGGAGGGUCUGACGGGCGACGAACCCGAUGGUCGUUCGGACGGCGACGCUGCCGGCUGUUCUGAGGGCAUCAAACUUCGAGAGGAGGACCAGCAAGAGGUGGACCUGUUCGUCAACCUCGCCUGGGACGCCAACUACAAGGAAGAAGACACGGCGCGACUGGAAUUCAAGGGCCAGUCGGUGGGUGCGCGAACCACGGGUCGGCUGAUGGCCGCCGCCACGGCGCAGCUCAUGAAGAAGGGCUCGGCCGCCGUGGCGAGCGGCGAGUGCAGCGGCCUGAGCCCCACGAUCCGAAGCGCCAUGGAGCGCAUGCUGCCGGAGAAGCGCUCGGACGCGCAGCUAGACAGCAGCCGGCGCACCAUCUUCUUGGCUGAAGCCCUGCGCCAGAUCACCGACGAGCUCAUGAAGGCUGGCGUUGACCCACGGGACAUUAUCGGAGGUAACGCCGGCAAUGCAGCUGCUGCCGCCGCUGCGGCAGCGGGUACAGCUGCGGGCGCCGGUAGUGGCGGCGGCGGCGCCGGCAAUGCAGCCGCCGGCGACAUACUCGUCUCUCCCUCCCACAGCCGCAACAGUGCUGGAUGCGCAGGCAUCGGUAGCGGCGGUGAUACCCUUGGUGUCGGCGGCGCUACAGGCAUGACAUUGCAGUCGGCGGCGGCGGCGCCACCGGUGAUGUCUAUGGCUGCUGCGCUCCCACAACCUACGCCAAUGCCGGAGGCCCCUGCGCCUCAAAUGCAGCUGCAGCAGUUGAUCCUGGAGGCCAUUCAAGAGCACCAACAGCAGCACCACGGCGGCGGCGGCGGCGGUGCGUCAGGAGAGGCCGGCAUCGGCGACGUCAACAUUGAGGAGGGCGUCACUGAGUUGCUGCAAGAGGCCUUCCGGGCUUUCGUGGAGCAGGAUGGAACUAUCAGUGGCGGAGGUGCCGCAGCCGCCGCUGCUGCUAUUGCCGCCGCUGCUGCCGCUGGAGGUGCCGGCAACGGCGCCGCGCACGGCAGGGCCGACGACGUUGACAUUUGCGCGAUUCCUGGUAUGAUGGAUUUCGUUCAAGGGCUACAUCUGCCGCUUUCGCCGCCGCGGCAGCAGCAGCCGUCGUCCAUGCAACACGGUGACGGCAGCGGAACGGCACGAAUGGCAGCGCCAUCGCCGCCUCCAGCGGCGGAGGCGCCGCCGCCGCCACCCGCGCCAAUGCCCUACCAGCGCAUCGCUGGUAGCGUAACCAUGAUUGACGCCUGGGUUGACGAUGCCGAGAUUCUUGCCGCGGAGCAACACCACAGCAAUGCGGCAGCGGCUGGCGGCGCCGCCGCUGGCGGCGAUGCUGACGGCGGCGGCCGCACGCUUCGGGACUCUAACACGUCGGACGUCACAGGAGCCAUGUGGGGCCCUGCCGGCGGGCACGACAAACCCUCCGCCUCCAUCGGCGGCGGUGUCAACGGUGAUGUGCCGACGUUUCAGUCCGCUGCAGCAGCCGCUAGCGGUGGCGGCGGCAGCGGCGCUGCCGGCGGUGGCAUGCGCUCCGCGUUUGCUACGACGUGCAACAGCCCGCCGCCAUCACCGCCCCGUCAUGGGACUGUCAGUCCGCCCCGAUUGAGUAACGCGAUGUCAAUUCUUCGCCAGACAAGUGCCGGCUUGGGUAACCCCGCCGGUUACAUGGACAUGAUGAUGAGCACUGAGUUCCUGUGGGACCUCCAAGACCCGCUCAUGGACGGCCGCCUCCCCUCAAUCGCCGAUAAGUUCCUCAUGUCUAUGGACGCUCUGCCCACCGUACCGUCCAUGCCGUCCCUCCAGCUGGGCGCCGUACCGCUGCCACCCAUGCCGCCGUCAUCAGCUGCCAAGGUCCCGUCGGCCAGUGACGGCCGCGAGUAUGGCGCCGGCGGAGGCAGGCGCGACGGCAGCAGCGCCGCGGGGGCGACGGCGGGGCACUGCCCGGAGGGUCAGCACGGCGACACGGAUGUAAUCGCUCGCGUGAGUGUUUGCGGUGGAGGUGGCGGCGGCGCUGCUAAUGCCACUGCGCAGUCCUGCUCCUCGAACCCACAACAGCAGCAGCUGCCUAAUGGCGGCAGCGCGAAGGGGAUGUUGCCGCAUGGGUGUACGACACAUGCCGCGGUGGGUGGAACGGCAACGCCGUGCGGCGCUGCCGUUGACCAUCAGAUGAUGGCGUUUGACUUUGACGUUAUGGUACGACAACAGAUCUCCGCACCCGCCAUCCUCACGUCGGCUGGCGGCGGCGGCAGCGGCGCUGGUGUCAUGCCCUCCCCGGCGUCGUUUGUCAGCAAGAGCUUGGCCAACAACAACAACAACGCCUUCCAUGGAUACGAGAACCAUGCUUCCGGCUCCGGCGCUGCUGCUACCGGUGGCGAUGUUCACGAGCACCACCAGCACCAGCAACAACACCCUUUCAACACUUCCUUUGCCCUCGUGUCGGCACAAUACGGCAGCCACGGCGCAAUCGACGCGAUCGCAAACAUGUCCUCGUCGCCCUUCACCACUGAUGUUUGUGCUGGUGGCUGCACCGCCGCCGGCGGCCCCUCGCCGGUCGGCGGCAAAACCCAUUUGUCGUACGGUUCCACUCCCUUCAGCCACAGCCGCAGCACGGGUCAUGGUCCUCCAGCACAUAUGCGAUAUGGCGCCGGCGGCGCCAUUGGCGCCUUGAGCGACGUCGCAUCCGCGCCGUUGCUGUGGGACACUUACGGCAGCGUUGGCGGUGGCGGCGGCGUCGGACUAGACAAUAUGGCCAGCGCGCCUGAGCACAGGAACCUGACCGGGUUUGCUUCCGGUGUCGAUGGCUCGGUCCCAGCUUCCUCUGCCUCUGUCAGCGGCGGCUGUAACGGCAGCGGCGCCUUCCCCAUGCGGGCUCGGAGCGUGCAUGGCGUGGCAUCCGUCGGCGGUGCCGGUGCUGGCCCUGCCUCCGAGCCCCUCCACCACCAGCAGCACCCCUCGUACAUGCAAGCCCAUGCGCAGCAGCCACACCACCAUCCUAAUCACCACCAGAACUACCACUCCUCUUCACCGCUGCCACCGCACUCUCACUCUCACCCCCAACACCAGCAGCUACCCGGGGUUCCAAGCCCUGUGGUUCAGAACCAGCAACCACCCGCCAGUCCGCAGUUGCUGCAGCAUCCGCUAAGCCCUCUGGGCCCCCUCAGUCCCCGUCCGCAGCACCCACAGCAAGGGCAGCAGCAGCAGCAAGCGGGAUUGUACGGCUGCAACAGCCCCAGCAACAUUAGCGGCAGCCGUCGGGGCCGGCAUGAGGUGGAGACGCUAGGACCUUGUGAGGCUCUAGACGCCAACGGCAGCAGCGGCGGCGGCUCACAAAACAAGAUCCGAGGCCUAAGCGAGCCUGAUCUGGGUCAUCAUCACCCACAACAACAUCAUAUCCAGCCCCAGCCACAGUCAGCAAUGGCGGCUGCUGUCGCCGGCGACCAGCCACAGACCCAGCAGCAGCAUCUGCAACAGCAGCAGUUGCAUCUUCAACAAAUGCAGCAACACCUGCAGCAACAGCAGUUGAUGCUCGGGUCUCCCUCGCACCUGCAAUCGCCUGGCAGCGGGAGCAACGGCGGCAGUGCUAUCGCCGCCAUGACGGGAGCUUACUCGGCCCCCGGCAUGCCAUACCUGACGUACCUUGGCACUACUCCCGUCGACGUCAGCGGCGGCGGUCUGCAACUCGCUCGCAUCUCCGUGGGUAACCAGCCGCCGUCAACGCCCACGGCAGCGGCGGUGGCGCCGCCGUCGGCCCCGUCAAGCCCCGCUGCUGGCGGCGGCGGUCGUGGCUCAAGGGGCGGUGGUACCGGCGGCGGCCGCGGUGGCCGAUUCGGUCGCUCCUCAGCGCCAGCGGCGGCUCGUAGCCCACGUGGUGGCGGCGGAGGUCGCGGAAGGUCUCGCGGCGGCGCCUCUGCCAGCACGGCAACGGGGGCGGCGCCUGCCGUACCAUCGCUUCCCAGUGCCUCCGCCGUGGCGGCAGCGAUUGGCGAGCUAAUGGGUAUCGACGGCGGCGUCGGCGCCUCCGUUGGUGUCGGCCUUUCGGAAGGCGUUGCUGCUGUGGCGGCGGCGGCUGCCGUUGCUGCCGGCGUCGUCUCCGGCGGCAUUGGUGACGACGGCUCACCCAUCGCCGGCGACGGCGCCGGCGGCAGUGCGGCUGGCACCCUCCGCCGCAGUCGCCGGGAGAACCGCGGGAACAAGCUGACAUCGCUUUCGGGCGGCCGUGGUGGGCGCCGGGGUCGCGGCGACGAAGACGAUGAGGAUUACGACUCGGAAGCCGAGGACGAUGACGGGCUGAGCUCCGACGGCGACGAGAGCGGCGGAGGACGAGGUGCCGGGGGCGGCGGCGGUGACGAUGACGGCACUGGCGGCCGCGGCGGCAGCGGCGCCGCUGGAGGCUAUGUGGAUGAAGAUUCAGUGCUUGUCGUACGAGCGGUCCGUGACGGUGUACGGCGCGAGAUUACCAAGGGCGCUUUGCGCAAGGUCUACCACCUACCCAUUAACGAGGCUGCUGCUGCGCUGAACAUCGGCGUCACCGUGCUCAAAAAGUACUGCCGCAAGUUCCGCGUGCCCCGCUGGCCCUACCGCAAGCUGCAGAGCAUGGCCAAGCUGAUCGAGUCUUUCCAGCGCUACAAGCGCAACGCCAUCUCAAAUGCUGAUCUGGAGGGGGCGGAGCGAUGCGAGGUGGUGAUCCAGAGCCUGCUCAAGUUCCGAGACGAGGUGUACGACAAUCCUGACAAGGACAUCGACGAAGGCGUCAAAAAGCUGCGGCAGGCCAACUUCAAAAUCGAGUAUCGGCAGCGGCAGGGUCAAGGUCAAACCGGCGCGCCUCCCACCACGCCCACCGCUGCAGCCGCUGCAGGCUCCCUGCUAGGUGGCUUCGGAAGCUCCGACCUAGGACGGGACUUCGAGACCCUCACAGUCACUGGAGAAGGAGCAGGUAUGGAGGCUUCUGGAGGAUUAGCCGGUGGAGAGACGGCAGUAGACCCGGCCGCCGCUGCUGCUGCCGCCGCAGCUGCUGCCGCUGUCGCCAUUGCGGCUGCUGCCACUGCUUCCAACGCCGGUGGCGGUGGCGAUUGCGGCAGCAUCAAUUGAUGGAGUCUCCGAGACCGACCCAUUGCAUGUGAUGCUGUAUGCGAAUGAAUGAUGUGUUAAGGAGAAAGAGCCUGUGUGCGCAUGACUAUGAAGGGAUGCCGUACCGUACCUUUUCGUUCGCUUGGUGGUACGUACAUACGUGAUCUGUGUUUCCUUGCGAGGGGAAGCACCUGUGUCGCAGGUGGGGAGGUGGCAUCCGCAUCAUCGGCAUCAUGUCUUAUAUCGUAAUACCUGACCAUUACCAUCAUCAUCAUCAUGACCAUUACCAUCAUCAUCAUCAUGAUACAUCGGGGUCGUCCCUGUUUGCUCUCAUUUAUGCGCGCACGUGCUGCUGGGGUGAAAGGGAGGUGGCGGCUGUUGGUCCUUAUUUAUUUUUCCCGCGUGUCUCCUUCCAGCAGCAUAACAUAAUUACAUAACAACCAGAAGUUGAUGCGGUUACGGAGCGUGGCUUAGUAGUAUAACGGCUGUGUACGACGGCGGGAGAUGAACGCGGCCUGUGAAAGCUGUUGAGGUGUCGUUCCCUUGUGGGUUAGUAACAGUUGGUUGUCGAAGAUACGUGUGCACAGGUAGUGUUGUCAAGCGCCGUAUAACGCGAGGAACCAAGUCUGCAUCAAUCUGGAAUCGUACGGCGCACGAUGCGAGUCAGUUGUUGCGGGAUGUUAGCGGCGGUUGAAUACAAUACAUUUGCAGGUGGAUGUGAUUUGACGUGAUGAGGGUGCUUUCUUUGGGACACAUGCAUGCAAUGCAACUCAGGCAUGUACGCGUGCAUGUAUGCAGGAGUUAGGGACGAAGAGCUGAUAGCCUGCCUGUGAUAUGGAGUGGCAAGCUUGCUUUGCAAGAAAGGGCGUCUUCUGCAUGUCUCUAUAUGUGAUGGUAAUGUGAGCACUGUUGCUGCGGCUGUGAGUGCGAGCAGGCGAGCGUGCGAAAAUUGGUUAUAACUAACAGACGCCUUUAUCCGUUGAUGCACGGUGGUUGAUGCUUGCAUGCGUUGAGAGUAGGUUGAGCAGGUGUGGUUGCAACGUACGGUUGUCGGCGGUGUCUAGUAGACGUAUCCCUUCACAGCUGCUUAUUGGGCUUCGGCGUACGAGGACAUGGUCUUGAGGGAGGAUGUACAAGCUGAUGUGGUGUGGUGAGUGUACGCGGCUUAAGGCCCCUUAUCUCGGCCCGGUUUACCUAAUGUUGCCUAAAGGAAAGGGCGAGAACGGGAAAUGAAGUUGCUCUGGAAAGCGAAGGGUUGGAUUUAUCCUGUCCGUGGGAGGCCUGGGAAUCUUGCUGUGGGUGCGUGAAAAGUCAGGUGGGCCACACUGAGUUGGGGAUGGGGUGCUUCGUUUGCAAAUUUUUUCAUCUGAGGAGAGAGACAGGGAAGAGGAGAGUACCUCUUGUAAGUGAGGGAGGUGGCGUGCGAGUGCGUGUGGGUCCGCAGCUGGCUGUCCGUUGGCGAGUGUGCCGUCUACCAUUGAGCACGUGCGCAUGUUUUGUGAUUCCGGGAUGAGAAUACAACGAAAGCCUCCAUUAAUUAUCUGUGGUGGGGCGUAAUGUGUGUGUACGUCCUUCCAGCCUGCUGGUGUGGGGGCAGAGCAACACGGAGCGGCGAAGGAGGGUGAGGGGGGGGGGCGACGCAAGAGAAGCAGGAGGUCAAAGAGGAAGAAACUGGCUAGCCGUAUGACAUGCCUACACUAGAGAAGCAGGAGGGGAGGGAGAGGUCGGGAGGAGUGGAAUAGCGGCGCGGACGCUUGUCUGCCUGCAAGUAUGCUCAGCACGAAUGGACUUGGAAUUCCAAGGCAAACGAAUGGGCCGCCGGCGGCGCUGAUGCUUUAUGCAUGGAGGGAGGGUUUUUGCCCAUGCGCGCAUACAUUCUUGUGGCAUGCGGCAUGGCUGCGGGUAGGGAACAUCCUUGUAUGCUUUCACGAGGGAGGAGGGAGAGUUGUUGCUGUGGUUGUCAAUAAAAUCGUUGUUGCGGGAAAGGACAGGACCUUUACAAGUUUGCAAGUGCAAGUGCCUUUCAGCAUGUAGCGCAGGCAUGAGCAACCACUAGCCGCCACGCCGCCAACCUAGAGCCCUUCGUUUCCUAGAGCGCGCGACGGCCCUGCUGCAUGCCGAGUGAGGAGGAGGAGGCGCGUGGAUAUUCCAGUAGGCUGUAGCAAGGAAGCGAGCGUGUGAGCAUGCGCGUGCAUGAGGGACUAGUCCUCGCGUUUCUGUGUACGUGCACUGGUAUGUGUACGGCGGGCGGUUGCCCAGCGGUGUACGGCGUUUCACUGGUGGAGUGUGAGACGCGUUACGUGUGCGGCAGAGCGUGCAAGGUGCGGACGGAGUUAUGACUCGUUGAGGACCUAGCGCACCGGUGAGCCGUGAUGAAGCAGUUUACCGGUCGUUUCGGACCGUAUUGUCGUUUCGGCAAGUGUUGAGAGACACGUUAGGGCUUUUGUGAUAGGGCUAGGGCAGGGUUACGCUGUUUCUAAGGGAGAGGUGGGAUGCUAUGAAGGCGGGUUUGGUGGAUGCACGGAUGGGUAGGUGGUUGGGUGGUAGAAGUGCUGUUCCAGCGGUUCUUUUGUAGUGGGUGUUGCCAACAGUCUUCCCUAUUGGCAUGGGUGUUUAAGGGUUGAACGUGGAGAUUCUGGUCAUGAUGCCUGUUUUCGUCCCUGCUGCUUGCAAGUUUGCUUAACUAAUGUUCCCUUACCGCAUCUAGCAGGAUUUCCAACGUUGUCUGACGGGGUUUCCUCAAGCAACAACAUGAGGACGAAGAGCUUAGUGCGGCAACUCAUGGCAGCAACAUAUGGGCCGCAGGGGCCCGGAUUACCCUAAAAUUGUGUGUGCUUGCUCCAUCCCUGGUUUGCUUGAAAGCUUGUGUGGACUUGGUGCGUCUUGUGCGAGUGUGGAGGGUGUGAGCGGCGUACAUUCCUUUCGGGUUCCUUUGCGUUCCCAGGUCCCCUUACCUGAGUCAUGGCGUUAAUUACAUAACUGGAGAUACAGCGAGGUUGGGCCUAUCGAGGAUAUACAGGCUCCAGGGCUCCUUAAAUUUCCCGUAACUGUUGGAGUGUUGACGUACCGGUACAAAAGGUUGGUAAAUGCCUUGCCUUAGGCGCCGCGCGUCUCUCUUAUAAAGUGCAAGGCCUUACUAAUAAGUUUAUAGGAGUAAAUUGAAAAGCGAGCGCUAUUGUUGCUGGUUAGGUUGCCAGCUGUUCACUUCGACACGUCAAAUUUAAACGAAGGAUGUGUUGUACUGUUUGGGGGCCUGCAAAGCGACGAUUACGGUGUGGGAACGCGAUUCUUUACUGACAGGUGAGAUGAUAGGUGGCCGGGUGUGCCGGUUGUGUUUCAAGUCUGCUGGUAUUGAAGAGCCGUGUAAGGGGCUCUAACAUAUUUGCAUUAGACGCUUACCGUUGGUGUUUGGGGCACCUAACGCUUUCCUUUUCCACCUGGACGCCACUUUCAGUGUUUUGAGCUUUUCCUGCGACAAAUAAUGCCCAGUAAACUCUACGUGCUUGACUGUUCUUCGUGUGCUGUACAUCUCUGUAAAAUUAUCACCCUAA